UUCAAUUGGGAAUUUGGGAUGUCCCAAAGCCGAGCGCUCCGUGUCAACCUUGCGACAAAAAGGUAAAAUGCCGAUGCGCACACAAGUAGGGGACUUGAUGUGCACCGAGAAUGGGUAUUGUUCCACUUCCGUGGACCUGCGCCACUCCAUGCGUUGUCCAGCCUUUCAUCCUCGUGGUUAGUCUAGUAAGGCCCUUCCGUCACAUCGUACUAGCUUCUUGCCCUUGACCACGAUGAGCAUGACUAGUCGUCCUGAAACCGACCCAUCAUCCAGACUUUGUCGUUACUAUUCUGCGGGACGUUGCAACAAAGGUUCAGAUUGCAAGUUCUCUCACGGAAACGAAGGGUCUCUGGCACCCCCCUGCGAGAGUACUUCUACCAGUGCUAUUGAAGUAGUUAACUCCCUCGCAACUCGCUCCAGGGACGAGCGCCGGAAACCCUGUCACUACUGGAAAGCGGGCAACUGUAAAAAGGGUUCAGACUGCAAGUUCUUGCAUGAGAGCGAAAGCCCUCUGCCGUCUAACCGUGGGGUUACCUCUACUAGCGCUGCAGAAGUGGUUAGCACCCCCGGUACACCCUCACAGGAUGAUCGCCCAUCGCCCUGUCGCUACUGGAAAGCAGGAGGAUGUAAAAAAGGUUCUGAUUGCAAGUUCCCACACGUAAACCACGAUUCUCCGGCAUCCCACAGUGAGAGUGCCUCUACCAGCAUUGGAGAGACGACGAGAAAUCGCAACAAGAAUUCUAUUGCGCGCGACACCAAGGGUUGGAGUGCGAUGGUGUCCCAGGAGUACAAGCCCGAACGUGUCCUGACGGCUCUCGUACUCCGGGCGAUACGUUUCAGCAGCCUCAUUGGGGCCAUAGCGUUUGUCGUCUUUGGAAAGCGGGUACUUGUACUCGAGGGGAUAAUUGCUGGUAUCUCCACGCCGAUGAUGUCUAUCCCCACCGAUUCGGAGGCAGCACAAAAAGAGGCGACCGAAACGAUUGGCUGGGUGGUACAAGGCUCUAUCGUUACCUAUCGUGCAGGUCUAGACAUUGCGGGCCUUAUCUCCGGUUUCGAGUCAUGCACCCUGCGUGUGAAGAAUAUUCCUGCAGACGCGAAGGAAGAUGAAGUCUGCGCAUUGGUGACACAACAAGGAGUGGAUGCCAAUCGCUUCCACCUUGUCGGCAUCAAGAGUGGAGGCGGAGGAAAGGUUGAGGCCGAAAUCAUGACCGAUGAACGACUAGGACGGAUUUUGUCCACUGAUUGAAUGGAACGAUAUUCAAAGACAACGAACUGAAAGUCGAAGUUUCAGCACCCAACACAUUAGAGGGAAUGACUGCGUCAUCGGUGCAGGAUCCCACUGUUUUGACUCUAUCAUGGCAUUCCCCUGCUGUGCGCUAUGCAGUAACGUACGUUGAUGC